AAAAAAACAUUAAAAGCUGCCGAAAAGUGUUCUCCUCCUUCACUUCCUCAUCUUUUUCCUCCUUUCUGAAUCCCACAAGGAGAGGAGACACUCCCAAAUUACUGCCCAUUGGCCUGGAGGCAGUUGGGAAGAGUGUUUAACAACCGAAGCAGCCGGGAAGAGCGACAGAGAGAGAGAGAAAAAAAAAUCCCCGGUGGUGAGGAGGUCUUUGAUUCAUCAACAGGUGCCAGAGGAAGGAUUGCUACUAUCGAGGACAUGGCCACUAAACCCCAAUGGAGGGCCCUGAUGGCCUUCCUGUGCACCAUGUCGCACUGCAGCUUUGCGACCAAAUUGGAUUCCUCAGUCCCUGAGCAAGAGCUUACCUUCAGCCACGUCUUUAACGUUGACGUUCCGGGGGCGUCCGGUUGCAAACUGGAGCGUCUGCCAAACCAGGAUGAAAACGGUCUGCAGAUGGAGAGCACAAAGAUGGGAGAGAACGACAUCAUCUUCAAGCACAACAUCAGGUUGCAGUCGCCCAAAUGCGACUGCGGGGAGUCGGAGACAUUUAAGUCGCUCCUGUACAGAGUCAAUGGCUUGGAAGAGGAAGUCAACUACCUGAAGAGCCAGUGUGCUCAGGGAUGCUGCGGCAACGGACGUGCGGCAGGUGUGGACACAAGCUGCAGCGGCCACGGAACCUACCAGCAGGACACAUGCAGCUGCCUGUGUUACACAGGAUGGGAAGGCCCAGACUGCUCCUUAUCCUCCUGCCCGGACGAGUGCAACGACAACGGGCGCUGCGUGGAUCGCAAGUGCAUCUGCCAUCAGGGCUACACGGGAGACGAUUGCAGCGUGCUGAUGUGCCCCAACGACUGCAACGACAAGGGCCGCUGUGUGGAUGGGAAAUGCGUGUGCUUCCCGCACUUCACCGGCGACGACUGCAGUGUCCAGAAGUGUCGCAAUGACUGUAAUCGGAAUGGCCUUUGCUUCGAUGGCCAGUGCGUCUGUGACCAGGGCUUUCGCGGGGAGGACUGCUCAUUAGUGCUUAGUCCUCAAGGCCUAAGGUUGGUCCAGUCAACUGACGUCUCCCUCCUGGUCCAGUGGUUGCCAGUUUCCGGAGCUGACUAUUAUGUUUUAACGUAUCAUCCCCGAGGUCAGGGGAGUGCCUUGAAGCAGGUUCGGGUUCCCAAAAUGGAUAACUCCUAUCUCAUCACAGGCCUGACUUCUGGGCUUAGCUACUUUGUUGAAGUCCGCGCUGUGAUCAGAGGCAUCCAAAGUGGAGCAGAGGAAAUUGAAGCUACCACAGGUGUCUCAGCAAUCAACGAUAUCCAAGUUCUUGACCGGACAGACGUCUCAAUCCAGGUGGACUGGAGCAACCCACAAGCCGAGGUGGAUCACUUCAGGCUCACGCAUACCGACCCAUCAGGACAGGAGGCGGAGCUGAAUGUACAAAGAAGCCAAGAGGCGCGAACCAAACACACCAUCGUGGGUCUGUUUCCGGGAACAGAAUACUUGAUUGCAGUGCAGGCCGUUAAAGGACCGAUGGAGGGGAACUCUUCCUCGGUCACAGGUUCCACAGACAUUGACGCGCCAACAAACCUGAUCGCCACUCAGGUAACAGAAGAUACCGCAACAGUUUCUUGGGACCCGGUCCAGGCCCAGAUCGAAGGCUAUAUGUUGACGUACACCUCGGAUGGGGGCUCCAGCGGCGAGAUCCCUCUUGGACGUGACAUGACUUCAUACCGGCUGGUUGGCCUGACACCUGGCGCGGUCUACACGAUUGACAUCUGGGCCUUCAGGGGUGAUAAAGUCAGCAGGAAGAGUUUCACGAUGGUCGAGACAGAGAUGGAUGCUCCCACUAACCUCGUGGCCCGGGAAGAAACAGAGAGCAGCCUCAGAGUGUCAUGGGAGAGUGUCCAGGCAGAAAUCGACGGCUACAAGCUAACGUACCGUUCUCCUGAUGGCUCAAGCGAGGAAAUCCCAAUUGGACCUGACAGCACUUCUUACACAAUAAAUGGCCUGAGGCCCGGGGUCGUCUAUACAGUCCACAUCUGGGCUGUCAGGGGAAACAAAGCCAGCAGAAAGGUCUCAUCGCAAGCAGAGACAGAACUGGAUGGUCCUGCCAACAUCUUUGCCCAUGAUGAGACCGAGAGCAGCUUCAGAGUGUCAUGGGAGGGCGCCCAGGCAGAAAUUGAUGGCUACGUGCUAAUGUACCUUUCUCCUGAUGGCCAGAGCGAGGAAAUCCCGCUUGGGCCCCAUAGUAGCACCUACACAAUACGUGGCUUGAAGCCUGGAGUCACCUAUACAGUCCGCAUUUGGGCCGUCAAGGGAAAUCAAGCCAGCCGAAAGGUCUCAACUCAAGCAGCGACAGAACUGGAUGGUCCUGCCAACAUCUUCGCCCAUGAUGAGACCGAGAGCAGCUUCAGAGUGUCAUGGGAGGGCGCCCAGGCGGAAAUUGAUGGCUACGUACUAAUGUACCUUUCUCCUGAUGGCCAGAGCGAGGAAAUCCCGCUUGGGCCCCAUAGUAGCACCUACACAAUAAAUGGCUUGAAGCCUGGAGUCACUUAUACAGUCCGCAUUUGGGCCGUCAAGGGAAAUCAAGCCAGCCGAAAGGUCUCUCCACAAGCAGCGACAGAACUGGAUGCUCCCGCUAACCUCUUAUCCCAUGAUGAGACCGAGAGCAGCUUCAGGGUGUCGUGGGAUGGUGUCCAGGCGGAAAUCGAUGGCUACGUCCUCACGUACGCCUACUCGGAGGGCUCUAGUGGGGAAAUCUCUUUGGGACCAGACAUCAAUUCCUACAGCCUGACGGGCUUGAGGCCCGGUGUGGUGUACACUGUCUACAUCUGGGCCAUCAAAGGAAGCAAAGCCAGCAGGAAGAUCUCGACACAAGCCGAGACAGAGCUGGAUGAUCCUGCUAACCCUUUAGCCCGAGACCAAACCGACACCGGCUUUAGGGUGUCCUGGGAUGGCGUCCAAGCAGAAAUCGAUGGCUACGUCCUCACCUACAGCUCUUCAGAGGGCUCCAGUGGGGAAAUCCGUGUUGAUCCCAGGAGUGAUUCUCACAGUCUGAGUGGUUUGAGGCCCGGUGUCGUCUACACUGUCUACAUCUGGGCCGUCAAAGGAGACAGAAGCAGCAGGAAGAUCUCAGUGCAAGCAGAGACAGACAUUGACGCUCCAAAGGACUUGCAGGCUUUGGAUGUCACCACGGAGUCAGCUCGGUUGACCUGGGCCGCUCCUUUGGCUGACAUUGAGGGCUACAUCUUAACCUACAGAGAUGAGGAUGGCAACCUGGAAGCUGUUGAGAAGCAGCUUGGAGCCAGAGAGAGCAGCUUUAUCGUCUCCAGCCUCCAGAUUGCGAAAAGAUACAUAGUUAGCAUCAUCGCCUAUAGAGGAAGCAAGAGGAGUCAAGUGGUGGAAACCAUCUUCAAAACAGAUGGCCUCUCAUACCCCUUCCCCGUGGAUUGUCUUCAGAUCAUGAAAAAUGGCAUCAAAAAGAGCGGCGUCUACACCGUCUAUAUCAACAAUGACAGCUCCAAACCAAUUGACGCAUACUGCGACAUGGAUACUGAUGGAGGCGGCUGGCUGGUCCUGCAGCGUCGCACCACUGGCAAACUGGACUUUAUGAAACGCUGGAGGACGUACAUUGCCGGUUUCGGCAACAUGACAGACGAGUUUUGGAUAGGGUUGGAUAAGAUAUACCAGAUGACCAACACGCCCAUCCAGUAUGAGGUGAGGUUCGAUUUAGGCCUGGGCUCAGAGAGGGCCUACGCCAUCUACGACAACUUCAAGAUCGCCAAUGCCAGGCAGAAGUUUGCGCUCACCAUUGGCCACUACAGAGGGACAGCAGGUGAUGCAAUGACCUAUCACCAAGGUCGGCCCUGGACGACGAUCGACUCCGAUAAUGACAUCGCCCUCGGCAACUGCGCCCUCACACACCGCGGGGCUUGGUGGUACAAAAACUGUCAUCUGGCCAACCUCAACGGCAAAUGGGGAGACAACAGGCACAGUAUGGGGGUCAACUGGGAGCCGUGGAAAGGCCACCUGGUGUCCCUGGACUUCACCGAGAUGAAGAUUCGGCCGGCGGGAGCGUACUCCAGCAGGAAGAGGCGAUCGUUGAUGGCCAGAGAGAAGAGCCAACGGAAUGCCGUCCAUCACCAGGAGAAGAAGAGCAGUGGCCAAUGAGACCCAUACUUAACUUUGACGUAUUCAGAGUCGGCCUGCUCUCAUGAGAAUUUAGAAGGAUAUGAUGCAAAAAUAAUCAGUAGGACAGUUUAAGCAGUUAAAAAAAACAUUGCAUAAUACAUGGAUCCAUUUCCUUAAGUGCUUGUCCUUGGUAGGCUGGAGACCAUCCCUGAUGGCUUGCUGAGAGGCGGUGUGCACAAAAAGUAUGCACCCGAUUUUGCAGUACCAACCCAAUGUGGUGAUUAUGCUGAUUUUUGGUUUUUCUUUGUAUGAUUUCCUACUGAAUUCUCACCUGCCUCCAUGUGGAAUUCACAUCGGUGGACACGCUUUUUGCAUCAAAGAUGCAAAAAUCACAGAGGUCUUCUUAUAAAGAAAACGUUUUGGUUGAAUUUGUUUCAAGGUCUGUCUGUCAGUGUGGUGGGUAGGUCAGAAGAAAGUCGCAUUUGCGUUUCUCCAUCCUCAUUGAGCCAAGGCACAUAAUCAACAUUCCAAAAACCUCAGUAGGAUAAAUUAGUUUAAGGUUUCUAUUUUCCCAGACAAUGGUUGUGUGAUAUGAGUAUUUCAUCCGUUUUUUUUUUUUUUUGUUUUUUUUUUUUACGGUAGUGUUUUGGAGUUCUUUUGCCUGUGAAUUCUUGCAAUGAUGUUUUGAUUGUCCAUGGAGGGGGUUGAAGAUUUCUACCGGAGCUUUGGACAGAUUGUAUGUAGGUGAUGCGAUGCUGUCUACUAUUGGGUGGAGUGGCAUAUGUGUUUUAUGUAUUUUUGCGGUUCCAUACAGUGUAUCCGGGGGAUGAUGUUGUAAAGGAAACCCACACAUACGAACAAUCGCCUGGUUUGGACGUUCGAACAUUCCACAGCACGCAAACUCGGAACACUAUACAAGCGGACGAACGUGACAACAAGGACAGACAGGAAGAGGAAAAGCACAUCCAAAAUGCUCUUACUCUCUGCCGAUAUCCCGAAUGGGCCAUCAGCAAAAGAAAACUGCAAGCCAGACAAAACCAACAUUACAAAAAAAAAGUAAGAAAACCAAAAACAAGUAACAAACCGUGAAAACGACUCAAUAACACCUCCAUAUGUCAAGGGAAUCACAGAGCCCAUUCAACGCGGCAUGAGAAAACAUCAAAUAUAUAUUCAGGCCCUGAAAAAACAGAACAUCAAACAGAAUGCGAAACACAAACAACAGGACGUUACACCAGAACAGAAGAACAAAAAGCGGAACAAGAAAACAAACAAAACAA